CCAUGCCACCCGCGGUCGUUCAGAACUCCAGCUCUUCAAACCGCCGCUCAACCGGCUCCAUACGACAGCGGGAGAACAGGACUCACAGUCAGCACCCCCAGACUGGUUCUGUGUCCGCUCGACGUCGCAAGUCACGCUCCCCGGACACAUGUGCAAUUGACGAGGCCAUCUCACAAGCUGACAACAUCUCGCGGAGGAAGAAGCGUUCCGCUCAUACCACGGGAGGCGGUUCAUCCUCGUCUAAUGCAGCCACGAUGGGAGUAUCGCGCAUGUCCAUUCAUGAAGACCCGGGGGACCGAGGUCGCACGAAGGCGAAGGCCAAGCCGAGGACCGUCAACAUGUGGGUUGACGACGAGGACGACGAUACCCAUAUUGUGACAAACAUCAUGCAAGAACACGGGCGGUCUGUCAAUACCCAGAAUGCCAGGGUUAAGCGUAAGGAGCGUUCGCGGUCACGCGAUGCGACGCAUAGGUAUUCGAGGAAGACUGUAACUCCCGAGCCCACAGAGGAUGACAAUGAGCCUACGUAUACUGGACCAUUGGCUCAGGCAGAGUACACUAGGAUGAAGCAGGAAAUGGAGAACCUGCGGAAGCAAGUGGCUAUGACCAAGAAGACGAUCGCCAAGCAAAGCAAAGUCAUCGAUGAGCUUAGGUCUGAGUUGACCACAACGAACGAAUCGCAUCGUACUCAGCGCGUCGAGAUGGAGAAGCUGAAGACUCAGUCUAAGAAGUCUAAUGACCUCAUCGCGGCUGUAGAGACCAAUCUCACUUGCCAAAUUUGCAUGGAGAUCCUCCUCAAACCACAUGGCUUGUCGCCUUGCGGCCAUGUGUUGUGCAUGGUCUGUUUACAGGAAUGGUUCAAGACCGCGCCUCCUGGCGAGGAUGACAUGGACGAUGACUACCCGGAUGCUAUAUUGUACAGGAAGAAGACGUGUCCGUGCUGCCGUACGGAAGUGCGCACCCGUCCCAUACCGUUAUACCUUGUGAAGUCCCUCGCGUCUGCGCUGCACAAAUCUAAGGCGCCUGCGGGUGCCGCUCGCCCGUCCCCUCCUCCGGACGAUGAAGAUCCAUGGGCGGGUAUCUUCCGCGACCCAACUGCAGUCGAUGACUACUGGAGUACUGACGAAGACGGGGAGGAUGAUGAGGAAGAGGACGACGACGACGAAGGGGAAGACGGCGAGAUGUAUGAUGACGACGACGACUACUGGUCGUUCGACGGGUACGGGACGGGCGAAGACGAGGAACGCUACGACGGUCCCUACAUACCCGCCCGCUGGGCCCCUCCCAGCGUCCCUCUCUCGCCUGACGAGUACCCGUUCCUCACUGACGACUCGGAGGAAAUCGCCAUGCUUCGCCGGGGCGUGACGCUACAGAUGAUAGAGCUAUUCCAGAUGUCCUACAGCCACCAUACGGGCCUGUGCGCCAUCGUCGACGGAGAGAACGAGGUGCACCUCGGCUGGAAUAUCGAGCUUCAUCCCGACGACGAGACGGGCGAGGAGUACAUGGACUGGGUACUCUCGGACAUGUACGACCGGCCGGAGCGCUGGCGCGUUGAAAGCGAUGAUCUUGAGGGAACAUGGAGCGCUUGGAAGCUUGUCCCGGCGGAUGAGGCGGAUGAGUAUGACAACUCGGACUCGGACGCGUGGGCGGAGGAGAUGGAUGACGAGGAUUUGUGACUGACGUGAAGAGGUUUAGCAGAAAUAUGGUGCUUUGCAAGUGGCGUCUCUGUAUUUUUUCGCAUCAAGUGUACACUGUUUAUAUCAUUGUUU